CCGCAAGCAGGGCGCUACCGGAGCCAGGGCCGGUGGGAGGAGGCCGAGAAGCUGGAGAUACAGGUGAUGGAGACGAGCAAGACGUACAGUCACUAGCGAAAUCGCCUUCCGCUUCUUACUCUCUGUUGAAUUGUCCGGGGGCCUGCUUUUGGCCCUCUUGGCGCUGACACCGUACCUAUUCUUACUGUCAAUUGUCCCCCUCAGUCCAACGCAGUGGAGACUUCUGAGGGUUGGCCCAGCCUUGCCGCUUAGCGCCGAGAAAGCUGGUGCUAAAAUUAGCUCGUUCCAAAUGGUUCGGGCUGCAAAAGAGGGAUUCAGGGGAGGCAGGGAAGCCCCAGCUUCAACAAACCCACCUCUCCGCCAAAAACCCACAUUUACGGAAGACAGGCACACACCUUGACCCCACACGGACCCGACCCGACGACGGGAUUUCAACCGGCCUUCCGGAGCCGACUCCGGCGCAAUAACCGAUGAACACAGCCCGGCCGCGGCGCCCAGCUGCGCGGGCCGACUUCGAGAUUGCCAUCAUCUGCGCUCUCCCAAUCGAAGCCGAUGCCGUCGACGCCCUCUUCGAUCACCACUGGGACGAUGACGGGGCGCCCUACGACAAAGCCGCGGGCGAUCCCAACGCAUACUCCACCGGCGCCAUCGGCCGCCACAACGUCGUCCUCGCACACAUGCCAGGCAUGGGCAAAGCCAGCGCCGCGGCCGUCGCCGCCAACUGCCGCGCGAGUUUCCCCAACAUCAAGCUGGCCCUCGUCGUUGGCGUUUGCGGUGUCGUUCCCUUUCGUCCUGGCGGCAGCGGCGGGACGGCCGAGACCGUGCUAGGCGACGUCAUCGUCAGCGAUGGUGUCGUGCAGUACGACCUCGGACGGCGACUGCCCGAACAGUUCGUGCCGAAGGACACGCUUCUGGACACCCUGGGCAGGCCGAACACCGAGAUCCGCGCGCUGAUCGCCAAGCUCAGGGGCCUCCGUAGCCGGAAGAUGCUGCAAGCUAAGAUGGCCGGCUACAUGGACCUGCUCCGGGGCGAGCCGGAGCUGGCGGCCGCGUACCCCGGUGCUGCGCAAGACAAGCUGUUUGAGGCGACGUAUCGCCAUGUGAGGGACGGGAUGUCGUGCGAGGAGUGCGGUUGCGACGGCAAGCUCGUACCGCGUACCCGCCUCGAGCAGGGCGAUGGACAGCCUGCGGUUCACUUUGGCCUGAUUGCGUCGGGCGACACGGUCAUGAAGUCGGGCAAGGACCGCGACGACAUCGCACGGGAGGCGGGUGUUAUAGGGUUUGAAAUGGAGAGCGCCGGUGUUUGGGACAUCUCCCCUUGCGUGGUCAUUAAGGGUGCGUGCGACUACGCGGACAGCCAUAAGGCCAAGGCGUGGCAGCGGUACGCGGCGGCGACGGCGGCGGCGUGCAUGAAGGCUUUCUUGGGUUACUGGGCACCUUCAAUGCCAGGAUCUCCUCCUCUCCCAGAGCAGCCAGCCGGACCUUGGUUUCUUGUUCCUUAUAUUGAGAAUAAGACGUUUAUUGGGCGGGAAUCAAUUCUCAAGCAACUCCAACAACAACUUCUAGGGCCGGCUUUACAGUCAAGGACCGCGCUCUUCGGCCUCGGCGGUGUCGGGAAAACGCAAAUCGCUCUGGCGUACACAUACUGGCUCCAACGGACAAACCCAGAGGUUUCAGUCUUCUGGGUCCAUGCGAGCAAUGCUCAACGAUUCCGGCAAGCAUAUGCGUCUAUCGCGCAGGAAUGCCAGGUGCCGGGCUACGACAACCCAAAGAAAGACGUGUUGUUGCUGGUGAAGGCCUGGCUGGAGAGGAAGGAACGCGGCCGAUGGCUGAUGGUUCUUGACAAUGCCGAUGAUAUGCAGCUCUUCUUCGGACCGCAUGUGGGCCCUGCGAAUGCCAGCUCUUCCAGCCAUGAGGAGAGCCUCGGACGGUAUCUUUCCGAGUGCCCCCACGGCGCUAUUCUUGUCACAACCAGGAACAAGCAGGUUGGCUCGAGGCUGACCAAGGGAAAACGCCCCAUCGAGGUCGGGAAGAUGGACGAAGGCGAGACAGACCAGCUGCUCCGCGCACGAUUUGACGGAAUCAACGUUACUUCCAGUGAAUCCUCUGCGCUUUCUUCCCGACUGGAGCACCUUCCGCUUGCGCUCGUCCAAGCGGCCGCAUUUAUCCAAGAAAACACCAUAACUGUCGGCCAGUACCUUGAGCUCUUGGACAGCAGCGAUCAGGACCUUGUCGAUCUGCUCAGUAAGGAAUUUGAGACAGACGCGAGAGACUUGGAGACCCCUCGUGCAGUGGCUGAGACAUGGAUUCUCUCGUUCGAGCAGAUCCAACGGCAGAAUGCAUUUGCGGGUGAACUCCUUUCUCUUAUGAGUCUUCUUGACCGGCAAGCCAUCCCCUUGGACUUUCUAUCCCGCUAUAGAAAACAGCAGCAGGACCAAGAGGCCAGGGGAGAAAUGCAGCUUACGGCAGCAUUGGGGGUUCUGAAGGCGUUUUCUUUCGUAGUGGAGGAGAAGGAUCAUGGCUUGGACAUGCACCGGCUCGUGCAGUUGGUGACGCGAAAGUGGCUCGUCAAGAAGGGGAGGAUGAGACACUUUGCCGGCCAGGCACUGUUGGCGGUGUCGCACUGUUACCCAUUUGGCCGGUAUGACAAUUGGGCAGUAUGCAGCGCAUACCUUGCGCACGCAUAUGCAGUGCUGGGCGGCGAAGGCACUGGUUCAAGGGACGAGAAGGCCGGGAAGGCGACUCUUCUGCACUCUGUUGCUGGAUUCUUCAAUUCCCGAGGCCAGUGGAAAGAUGCCGAGAGGUUCCAGCUUGAGGCUGUUGAGCUACGAGAGGAAGUUUUUGGGUGGGAGCAUCCCGACACGCUGAGCAGCAUGGCCAACCUGGCGUCGACGUAUCGGAAGCAGGGCCGGUGGGAGGGGGCCGAGAAGCUGG